AGCGCCCGGCCUCCCUCCUUCCCUCCCGCCCGGCGCCAUGUGGGCAUAGUCCAGCCCCGCUUCCUCCAGAGAGAGCGAGAGAGAGAGCGAGAAGGCGCCAUGGCCGGCGAGGUGGCGGCGCCGAGGCCCAGCGCCCGCCUGCCCUCCUCGUCGCCCGCGCGGAAGGACUUCUACUGGCUCCGCUCCUUCGUUGCCGGAGGUGUUGCAGGGUGUUGUGCCAAAACAACAAUUGCACCGUUGGAUCGAGUAAAGAUUUUAUUGCAAGCUCAUAAUCAUCAUUACAAACAUUUAGGUGUGAUUUCUACAUUGUGUGCUGUACCAAAAAAGGAAGGUUACCUAGGAUUGUAUAAAGGAAAUGGAGCAAUGAUGAUUAGAAUCUUUCCAUAUGGUGCCAUUCAGUUUACAGCAUUUGGCCAGUAUAAAAAGAUUAUUAAAAAUGAGCUUGGCGUAUCUGGGCAUAUUCACCGGUUAAUGGCUGGAUCUAUGGCAGGUAUAACUGCAGUAAUUUGUACAUACCCUCUGGACAUGGUGAGAGCACGUUUGGCAUUCCAAGUAAAAGGAGAUGACAAGUACACUGGAAUUAUUCAUGCAUUCAAGACCAUUUACACAAAGGAAGGUGGUAUGCAAGGAUUUUAUCGAGGACUUACACCAACAAUAGUAGGAAUGGCUCCAUAUGCAGGUUUCUCAUUUUUUACGUUUGGUACCUUAAAGAGUGUGGGACUUGCCCAAGCGCCUGCCCUCCUCGGGAGGCCUUGCUUAGAUAAUCCCGAUGUCUUAGUUUUGAAAACUCAUGUAAAUUUGCUGUGUGGUGGCAUAGCUGGAGCAAUAGCACAGACAAUAUCAUAUCCUCUUGAUGUAACACGAAGGCGAAUGCAGCUAGGAGCAAUUCUUCCAGAUUCAGAGAAGUGCCUUACAAUGAUACAGACACUGAAAUAUGUUUAUGGAAACCAUGGAAUACGAAGAGGAUUAUAUAGAGGAUUAUCUCUGAAUUACAUUCGAUGCGUCCCUUCACAGGCUGUUGCUUUCACCACUUACGAAUUUAUGAAGCAGUUUUUGCACCUCAAUUAAAGACUCUGAAGUGUAACUGAAAAAUAUUUCACCUGUUUUCAUAUUGCAUUUCAUGAUAAUUUCCCAUUUCAAAUCAUUAUUGACAAAUUGCUGGUAUUUAUAGUACUUUCUUUAGUUAAAAAUAUGAAGUAUAAAUUGAAUGUUGCUCAGUAAUGUUGGAUUAAGUAGUUGAUAUGCAUAUAAUAUAUAAAGAUCUUUGGGGGAAAUAAAAAUGGAGCAAACUUGUUACAAGAAGGAAAAUACUUUAUAGUGGUUGCAGAGCAUUGCAUUUUUAUCCUAUUUUGAGGUUUGCUUGUACAUUUUUUAAGGAUUUAUGUAUCCACUUUUUUAAAAACGUGCUUACAUACUAUCACUAAAAUGUAAUAGAGAUCACUUGGAGAUGCAUAUGGAAAGUCUUACCACUGCAUUUGGCAUUUCGUUUACGUGAAACAAGUUCAGGGGUGAGGUAUCAUUCUUAUUGCACAAACUACUUACUUUCGAGUCCGUUUUAUAAAACCCAUUUGUAGGUUAGCAUUUAAUUUUUAUUAUAAUUUUCUAAUAGGUAGAAUGUAGACAACAUAAUGCUUUAUUUUUGAUACAAACUUCCUUGGCUGGGAUACAAAAUGGUGCAAGCCCAAUUGAAUACUUGACUUCGUUUUCUUUGAAUAACUGAUUCUUCCUACCAAAUUGCUUUUGAAAUUCCCAUAUGUCUUGGUGUGAUGCAGGAGAUACUACUAUAAGCUUUUCAAUAUUGAGGGGAGGUGUUUGGUCCUUCUCUCAAUAUCGCCCUAUUUCAGCUGCUCUUAGCUCUUUAGGAUAGAGGG